CCCAUAAUGUUUUUAUUGAAUUUUUCCGCCCUCCUCAAACAAACUCUCAAUUGUAAUGGGCGGUUAGAUCCCAUUUUAACGAAUCAUAUUUAGGUUGUACGCCGCCUAUUAACACUCUCUCUUCAUUCCAUCUCGCAAUGCGGCUCUUUACGUUUACCUUGUAAGGACUCAUCCAGUCAUCCCUCCAUCACUCCAUGGCAUUGGCAGACAUUGAAGAUGGUUCAAAUGAGAGGCCUCGCUCGCUUAUGAAGCUCAAACAGUUGCAUUUUUGGCUCCAAUUGGCUCUUAUUGUGGUUUUCCUUGUUGGUCAGGCAGCUGCUGUUAUUCUUGGAAGAAUUUACUAUGAGAAAGGUGGAAAUAGUAAAUGGUUAGCCACUCUUGUCCGAACAGCUGGUUUCCCUAUUCUUUUAAUUCCUUAUUUUCUUAUUCCUUUUCCCAAAGAACAAUUAGAUUCAUCAAACCCACCUCCACCUUCUCCUUCUAUCAUCAAAGUUACAAUUAUCUAUUUCUUACUUGGUGCCAUCCUUGCCGGGGAUAACCUUCUAUAUUCUACUGCAUUGUUAUACCUCUCAGCCUCAACCUAUUCCCUCAUAUGUGCCACACAGAUAGUCUUUAAUGCUAUUUUUUCUUUCUUCUUUAUUGGUAAAAAAAUUUCAGUGUUGAUUUUCAACUCCAUGAUUGCCCUUACAUUAGCUGUUGUUCUGCUUGCCACUAAUGAGGACUCUGAUAAGCCUUUGGGCAUCACUAGGUGGAAAUAUAUAAUUGGAAUUAUAAUGGCUAUUGUGGCUUCUGCAUUGUACUCCCUCAUUUUUCCACUGAUGGUAUUCUCAUUUCAUAAAGUUAAAAAGACAGAAACAUUUUCUGUGGUUCUGGAAAUGCAGAUAUACACAUCACUUGUAGCCACUGGUAUCUCUACCAUCGGGUUGUUUGCUAGUGGGGAAUGGAGGACUCUGUCGGGAGAAAUGCACGCCUUCACCACAGGAAAAGCCGCCUAUGUGCAGGUUCUGGUAUGGACAGCUUUGGGAUGGCAGAUUGCUGCAGUUGGCAUCAUGGGUUUAAUUUUUGUGGUGUCCUCCUUGCUCUUCUGCUAUGUUAUCAGCACAUUCUCAAUGGCUGUUACUCCCAUCGCUUCGGUGAUCAUCCCGCAUGAGAAGAUGAAUGGUGUCAAGAUGAUUUCUUUGCUAAUCGUAAUGUGGGGCUUUGGAAAUUACAUAUAUCAGAAGUACCUGGAUGAUACCAAGGCAAGAAAAACACAUUUUGCUUCUUCUGAUUCUGCAACUAAUAGUUCUUGUUAUUAGUAAUCAUUGGAUAGGUCAAACAAUAUAUUGUAGAAAUAUCAUUCAAUUGUU